CAACAGUAAACAGUGGGGGCAGCCCCGCCGGUGCUGGAAGGAGUGGGUGUGGGCCGGGUGGGUGCUGGGCAGGAUGGAGCACAGAGCGGCCUGCGGGAAGCGAUUGGGGGUGGCGCAGGUUCAGGUGAUGGGGGAGUAGCUGGUGUGGGACCACAGGAGAGGAUGUAGGGCUUAGGGCUGCUGGAAGCCCCCUGCAUCCCCGUUGGGUGAGGACACAGUGCAGGAGGAUCCCCUGCGCUGCACGGAGAGAGGCAGAGUUGCUAGCAGCCUCCCUCACCCCCAGGUUGCCCCAUACUCACCCACUCGAGAGCAGGACCGUGGGCACACACAGCCUGGUGAGGGGAGUUCCUGGGGGGAACGCUGCGAGGCUGUGGUGCUGGCAUGAAGAUUGACAAGGUGGCAAAUGCUGCGGCAGGGGCACCUGGCAAGGUGCAGAGAGUGCGGGCAGACUGCAGCCGCCCCUGGCUCUGCCCCAGGCAGCUGAAGCUGGCCAAGCUGCAGGUGGAGAGGGCUAUCAAGGAGAAGAAGAUCUUCACGGUGCAGGGCCGCUACCCUGUGAUCCGCCACCUGCUGCGCGCACGGGGCUGGGUGGAGAGAAAAGCACACCGCAGGGUGCAGCAGCAAGAGGCAGAUGGCGGCAAUGCCGAGCUCAGCACAGAACAGCGUGGGGUGCAGCCAUCCCUGGAGUCCCCGUGCUCCAUGUGGCUGCCCAACGAGGAGGAGGAGGAAGAGGAGGAGGAGGAGGAAGAGCAGACGGACAAAGACAACCCUGAUGGCAUCCAUGAGCUCAUGGUAGCAAGGAAGGCUGCAGACCCCAACAUGAUGCAGGGGGAUCCCUCAGUGGGGUAGGGGUGACGAUGUGGGGUGGGGUCCCACCUCACUCAGGCCCUUGCCCCCCCAGUCCCGCCUGGUGCAGGACCA